GUCAUUUGGUCUUACUUGUGAUCCAUCUUUUGGUUUGCUUCUGUUUUUCCACUCAGAGAGAGAGAGAGAGAUGGGUGGUGUGGUUGAAGCAGAUGAGGGAGAUCAGAAGGUUGCUCGACAAGCUGAUCCUCAAAAGGAACUUGAUGCCGGAGCUCUUUUUGUUCUCAAAUCCAAAGGUUCGUGGGUGCACUGUGGUUACCACUUGACUACUUCAAUAGUUGCACCGCCUCUGCUCAGUCUUCCAUACGCCUUCACCUUUCUUGGGUGGGAGGUAGGGAUCGUAUGUCUAAUUGUUGGAGCUCUCGUCACUUUCUAUUCCUACAAUUUGUUAUCGAUGGUCCUUGAACACCAUGAUCAGAUGGGUAAUCGCCAAUUGCGCUUCAGAGACAUGGCUCAUCAAAUUUUGGGACCAAGAUGGGGACGGUAUUAUGUGGGUCCGAUCCAGUUUAUGGUUUGCUACGGUGCUGUUGUGGCUUGCACUCUUCUUGGAGGGCAGUGCAUGAAGGCAAUUUACUUGCUGUCAAGCCCAAAUGGGAGUAUGAAGCUUUAUCAAUUUGUGAUAAUAUUUGGUGGUCUGAUGCUUGUUCUAGCUCAAAUCCCUUCUUUUCACUCACUGAGGCACAUCAACUUGAUCUCACUGGUUCUCUGCCUUGCAUAUAGUGCUUGUGCCACUGCUGCUUCCAUUUACAUCGGAAGUUCAAACAAGGGACCAAAGAAGGACUAUUCCAUCAAUGGCAACACUGAAAAUCGUGUUUUCGGGGUCUUUAACGCCAUUGCCAUCAUUGCCACAACAUUUGGCAAUGGUAUCAUCCCAGAAAUUCAGGCAACACUAGCACCACCUGUGAAGGGCAAGAUGUUCAAGGGACUUAGUGUGUGCUAUGCAGUGGUGACAGUAACAUUCUUCAGUGUUGCAAUAUCUGGCUACUGGGCUUUUGGCAACCAAGCUGAGGGGCUAGUCCUCAGCAACUUCUCUGUUGAUGGGAAGCCUUUGGUGCCAAAAUGGUUUAUCUUGAUGACCAAUAUCUUCACAAUUCUUCAACUCUCCGCCGUCGGUGUGGUUUACUUGCAGCCUACGAAUGAAGUGCUUGAGAGAACAUUUGCAGACCCAACACAUGAGGAAUUCUCUGCCCGCAAUGUCAUCCCCAGAGUGAUUUCAAGGUCACUGUCUGUGAUUGCAGCGACGACAAUGGCUGCGAUGCUUCCAUUCUUUGGCGAUAUCAAUUCGCUUAUCGGGGCGUUUGGAUUCAUACCUCUGGACUUCAUCUUGCCUGUGGUGUUCUUCAGCUUAACAUUUAAGCCAACAAGGAAGAGCCCUGUUUUUUGGUUAAAUAUCAGUAUUGCUGGGUUUUUCUCAAUCUUGGGUGUUAUUGCUUCAGUUGCAUCAGUUAGGCAGAUAGUUCUUGAUGCCAAAACUUACAGAUUAUUUGCUGAUGUAUGAUAAACUACAUCAGAAAACUACAAAAAUUAAAAUUGGUGCAAGUAUUAUAUAUUCAUAUAUUGACUAUUAAGAGCUAGGUCAUA